CCACACAAAACAAAUUUAAAAUUUUGAACGUUUUCUUUUAAUUUCCUAUAAUAAACUUAUUUUUCAUAAUAUAUUUUCUUAACAAAUGUCUAUAUUAGUGUACUCUUUAGUGUAAUAUAAAUAUGUCUAAACCGUGGUUUAGAAAUAACUAUAAGAAAACGAAAAAAUACACUGGGAACGAUCCAAGUGAUGUUAGAAGUCUACCAAACUAUGGAUAUCCUGGUUUAAGAAUAUAUUUUCCUGAUGAUAAUGACAUCAAAAUAGAAUUACUGAAAAAACGUCUAGAAAUAUUGAAAUCAUUUUUUCGUCAAAACCACUCAUCUGAAUCUCUUGAAACUAUAGGACGUGACAGGUUCUUUACACUAGAUUUUAAAUAUUUAACAGAAAGUGAAGAAAUCAUUUCUGAAUGGCCUGAAUUUAAAGAAGAAUUAUUGGACAAUUCGGAGUAUACAUUAAAAUGCAUGGGAUUAUCCAUGCAUGAUCUGGUUUCGAAACAUUAUGAAGAACAAAAUGAGCCAAACUCAAUUUUAUUCGAUACUAUAUUAGUACGAAUUUGUAAUGUGGAGCCAAUAAUGCAGUUGAGAGAUCUUCGUGUUAAUUAUUUUGGAAAAAUGGUUACGAUUCGAGGCACGGUGAUAAAAGCUACUCAAGUGAAACUAAUUAGUCAAUUCUGGACAUUUAUUUGUUCUAAUUGUUCAGGAACCCAAGUUUUAAGACAACCAGAUGGAGUUUACACUGUACCGAGUAAAUGCCAGACCAAAGACUGCAGAGCUCGAUCAAAUUUUUCUGUUGAUCACGAUUCUCCAUUUAAUAAAGUGAUCAGUUGGCAAUCUAUUAAAAUCCAAGAGCCGUUAUGGGCUGAUCAAUAUGAAACAGCAAGAACACCAAGAACAUUAGAUUGUGAGUUAUCUGAAGAUUUAGUCAAAACAUGUUUACCUGGAGAUGAUAUAACUCUGACUGGUGUCAUUAAAGUUCGAGACGUAAACAGUAAUUUUGGUAAAAAUAAACAAAACACAAUUUUUAAUCUAUAUUUGGAUGCAGUAUCCAUUUUUAACAAUAAGAAACAGUGCAAGGGUGAAACAAAUGAUGGCAUCACCUUUAACCAAAACGAUUAUUUUGAAGUAAAGAAAAUUCAUUGUGAACCAAACUUGUUCAGUUUGCUGGUAAAUUCCUUGUGUCCGAAUAUUUACGGCCACGAAAUAGUCAAAGCAGGUCUUCUCUUAGCUUUACUGGGCGGUACAAAAUCAGAAACGUUCAGGGGAGAGUCCCAUAUCCUCGUGGUUGGAGAUCCAGGUCUAGGAAAAAGUCAGAUGCUACAGGCAUGCGCAAACGUUUCUCCCAGAGGUGUUUAUGUUUGUGGAAACACUAGUACCAGCUCUGGUUUGACAGUUACAAUGACACGUGAUGAAGGCGAAUACUCUUUGGAGGCCGGUGCUCUAAUGUUAGCGGAUCAAGGCUGUUGUUGUAUUGAUGAAUUCGACAAAAUGCCUAAUCAACAUGCCUGCCUUCUCGAAGCCAUGGAACAACAAAGUAUCAGUAUAGCGAAAGGUGGAAUGGUUUGUUCAAUUCCCACCAGAGCUACAAUACUAGCAGCUGCUAAUCCUGCAGGGGGACAUUACAAUAAGGCGAAAACUGUCGCCGAAAAUUUAAAAAUGAGUUCACCGAUGUUGUCUAGGUUCGACCUAAUUUUUAUUUUGCUGGAUAAAGCAAAUGAGGAAGUAGACUGGUUACUCUCAAAGCACGUUUUGGAUAUUCAUUCGGAGAAGAGCCAAAGGGAUAGGAACCAAAAUAAUUCUUCAUUUAUGCAAGAUGUUUCAGCAGACCAGACUUUGAGAGAUCGUCUCAAGAUGGACAGUUCUCAAGUGGAUCUCGUGCCACACAGUUUGUUUAGGAAGUACAUAGCCUAUGCUCAAAAAUACGUCAAACCCCAACUUUCGGAGGACGCCAAAACUGUCAUAAAACAGUUCUACCUGUUACUGCGCAAACAAUUUCAAACUGGAGAUUGUACUCCUGUAACAACGCGACAAGCUAAUUCUCUUAUUCGUCUGACUCAGGCCAGAGCCAAAGCAGAACUUAGGGAAGUAGCAACGAAACAAGAUGCUCUAGAUGUUGUUGAAAUCAUGAAAUGGAGCUUAAAUGACAUCUUCAGCGAUGAAGCUGGCGUUUUGGACAAAACGAGGUCACAAAACGGAACCGGUACAAGUACCAAGGCACAGAUAACUAGACUUUUGAGGCUAGUCCAACGAGUAUCGGAUGUAGAAACCAGGUCGCUGUUUCAUACGAACGAGUUGAAGCAACUGAGCGAACAAGCCGGUAUUGCUAGAGACAAAUUUUUCACUGUCUUGGAUAAUUUGAAUCUACAGGGUUAUUUACUAAAGAAAGGCCAAGGAAGAUAUCAAUUGGUGACAGCUGACGUGUAAAUUUAAAUAGAGUGUAGUGGAUGUUUUAUAUUUUUUACUAAGACUGAUAUUGUUUAUUGAAGUUUGAUACAUUUUACAAUUUAUAUGUUAAUAAAGUAUUUAUUAAAUAUUCCAAACAUUU